AUGGUAGGUCCUGUCUCGGUGCUGCUGGGGGACCAGAACUGCCGCAUCUACCUGUGCGGCACCAAGAGCGACCUGCUGGAGGAGGACAGGCGCCGGCGGGGGGUUGACUUCCACGACGUGCAGGACUACGCAGAUGAGAUUAAGGCCGAGCUCUUCGAGACCUCCAGCAAGACAGGCCAGAGCGUGGAUGAGCUGUUUCAGAAGGUAGCAGAGGACUACGUGCGCUUCACUGCCUUCCAGCUGAUGACAGAGGAGAAAGGAGGCAUCGACCUGAGCCAGAGGAGCAGCCCCUACUUCUACAGCUGCUGCCACCACUGAGCCAGAGCAACGCCCCUGCCGCGGCACAGAUCCUGCUCCUUGCACUGGCCUGGUUUUAGCUGUGGGGCUGCAGAGACGGGGCCCCGGCCUGGGCCUCUGCUCCCGGCACUGGACAGGGACAUGGUUGGGAUGCUGGAGGGGACAUAGCUCUGCUCUUGCUGCAGGACCCUGUGGCCGUGGGUCCCCUGCUGCUGCCUGCUCCGCGGCUGCGUCCCCACCUAGCUCCUCCCGGCACAGGCUGCGCUGGCUGGAACUGCACCCUGGGCCCAUGUGGAUUGUCUCAGCUUCUGUUAAGUUAUAGAGAUGUGUAAAUAAAGUGCGUUGCGGUGUGUGA